GUUGAAACAUCUCCGAUAUACUCGUACCAAACAUUGAAUAUAUUUCAUACUCAAUAUUUAUUCUAUAACUUUCGAACAAGAAUGCUUUCAAAGCACAAACGGCCCAGCAAGCAGCGGCAGCGGCAGCGGCAGCUGGAGCUGAAGGCCGCCAGCCGUUUGAAUCAAUUGUCGCGCAUGCCGGUCCGGUGUCCCAUUGCCAGCUGCCGGCAAUAUGCCUUCCCCUCGGGUCUGUUGUCGCACAUGCUCAACUCUCACGAGCCCAGUUCGCGUGGCGGCCCUGUCUUUCGCGACGCCUACGAGAGCGAGCCGCUGCGCCUGAAGUUCCCCGAUCCCCGCCGCUUCCACGAGUGCGAUGAGCCGCGGUGCGUGGCCGUGCUGCGAUUUGGUGGCGAGCACAACAAUAGCAAGAGCACGCCAGGCAGCCGCUACCUGUUCGUGCCCAAUUCCGAACUGCACCGUAAGCUGGAUAAGAAGUACAAGAACUACUUGCCCAUGCUGCUGAUGGUGAGCCGAAGCACUUGGCAAGCCACGCUACCAGACGGCGGGUACGGGAUCUUCGUCGUCUGGCUGGCAGCACCGGCCACAGUCAAGCCGUUCUACUACACCAUCACCGUGUUCAAUGACGCCUAUGAGAACUCGAUCAGCGUGAUACGCAAAACGCGUAACUGUGCGCACACUCAGCGACCCAGCGACUUCCUCGCCAAUGAAGCCGACUACAUGAUGCUGCGUGACUGCCAAAUCGGUCUACUAAUGCAGCCCCCCAAUCAGCAGAGGCAACAGCAGCAAGUCAUCCGCAUGGAAAUCACCGUACACGAGCUGUGGAAGGGCUGCCUCACCAAGCUGCCUCCCAUCGCCACCGAAGAAAGCCACGGAGAGGCCAUUCCAAUCAUCUACCAGCCAGUAGACGAGGAAGAGAAUGAGACAUCCUCGCAAACGGACAAUGAGGGCCAGUCCAAUUCCUCAGAGUCAGUGGCGGAAGAGCCGCCGAAUUUCGCAGCUGCAGCUAGAACGACGGCAGCCACGGGACGGAAUGGAACGACGGCAGCCACUGGACCGAGUGGAACGCAGGCUGCAACUGUGCAAGCGACUGAGACUCAAGCAGGAACGAACGCUGCAAUUGGAACGCCGAAUGCUGCAGCAGCCACUGGACCGAGUGGAACGCAGUCUGCAAGCGGCGUUUUCCUUGUGUUCUAGC